AGAGAGAGGAAACAGAAGACUUAGAGAGAGAUUGUUUGUCUGCUCCUCCUGAGAUCGCGCGUAGAAGAAGAAGAAUUAGAAUUUAAUGGAAAUUCAUUGAGACUCCAAAGCCUUUUCUCCUCCGAUCAACUUUCUUUUACUUUUUUGUUUCUCCAAAAGUUUUUCCCCGGGAAGGUUUAUAAAUUCCCCUGUUUUUCCCGCUUACAUGACAGUCCGUGUUCCGGUCCCGCCGAGCAGCAGCCAGUUACCGGCGGCGGCAACAACAGCGACAAGACGUCGCGUGGCUGAUUCUCAAGAAGAUCAUUGCCACGUCAGCACCGGAGGAGGAGGAGCAGUCGUUUACGUCCCCGGCGACGAGGAAGAAGCCACGAGCAGCAGCGGCGAGGGAGUAGGAGGAGGAUUGUCUUCGUGUGGUCAGAGUGAUUCACACCACAAUUACCUCGUCCGGUUUCUGUCUCUCCGCAAAAUCAGGCUCGUGUGGAUGCUCAUGGCGGACAACAAAUCCCAAUGGACGGCUGCUAUGUCUCGGAACGUGAGAUCCGCCACCAAUCUCGGCCGUAUGAUUCUAUCUUUGUUAGGAAUCCUCGUCGUCACUUUCUUUCUCGUCGUUGCUCUCUCCGGUGGUGGCGGCGUCGGACGACGAGGACACGUGGAGAAACACGAGUUCGUCGUUUCGAUCCAUCCCAGAAGUAACAUGGAGAAGAUCAUCAAAGAAGAAGAAUCUUCUUCCAGUUCCGUUCGAGUUCUCCUUCCUGAGAGAAACCCUAUCCCAGAGAUUUGGAAUCAACCAGACACUGGGAACUAUCAGAAAUGCGUAGCUCGUCCCAAGAACCAAAAACCAAGCAAGAAAACAAAUGGUUACCUUGUUGUUCACGCCAACGGUGGUUUGAAUCAAAUGAGAACUGGUAUAUGUGAUAUGGUCGCAAUAGCCAAAAUAAUGAACGCUGCUCUUGUUCUUCCUUUUCUUGACCAUUCAUCUUUCUGGAGUGAUCCUAGCACGUUUAAGGAUAUUUUUGACUGGAGACAUUUCAUCAAAGUACUAGCAGAGGAUGUCGACAUUUUCGAGUAUUUACCUCAAGAGUUUGCUUCUAUCAAGCCUCUUGAAAAGAAUCCUGUCUCCUGGUCCAAGGCUAGUUAUUACAGAAACUCUAUGACAAAGUUACUGAAGAAGCAUAAGGUGAUCGUAUUCAACCACACUGAUUCUCGUCUAGCUAACAACAGCCCCCCUCCCUCGAUCCAGCGUCUUAGAUGUCGGGCCAACUAUGAAGCUCUUCGUUACUCUCCAGAGAUAGAGAAUCUAAGCAAAGUUCUCUCUUCUAGACUUAGACAAAACGAUGAACCCUACCUUGCUCUUCACUUGAGGUACGAGAAAGAUAUGUUGGCGUUUACUGGAUGCAACCACAGUCUAACCUCUGAGGAAUCAAUCGAUCUUGAGGAGAUGAGGUAUAGCAUUCCGCACUGGAAAGAAAAAGUGAUCAACGGUACAGAGCAGCGUCUCGAAGGUAACUGCCCCAUGACGCCGCGCGAAGCUGCCGUGUUCCUCAAGGCAAUGGGGUUCCCUUCGACCACGAAGAUCUACAUUGUCGCAGGAAAGAUCUACGGCCAAAACAGUAUGAAUGCAUUCCACCAAGAGUUUCCAAACGUUUUCUUUCACUCCACGUUAGCUACCGAGGAAGAGCUUUCCACUAUCAAACCUUACCAGAACAGAUUAGCUGCUCUUGAUUACAAUUUAGCACUCGAAAGCGACGUUUUCGCUUAUACUUACGAUGGAAACAUGGCCAAAGCGGUUCAGGGUCACCGUCGAUUCGAAGGGUUUAGAAAAACGAUUAAUCCUGAUAGGCUAAGCUUUGUGAAUUUGAUUGACCGGCUCGAUGCGGGACUCAUGUCUUGGGAAGAUUUUUCGUCGGAGGUUAAGAGAAUAAAUGGGAAAAGGUUAGGAGCUCCGUAUCUUAGACGGCCAGGAAAGGCAGGGUUGAGUACAAAGUUGGAGGAGAAUUUUUAUGCAAACCCUCUUCCGGGUUGCUUGUGUGACACUUCUGAGGAACCAACCGGUCUGAACCGGUUUGAAAGACCAAGUUUACGAGCACAAGCUCUGAGAUAACCGGAGGUGUAGGUGUUUAAACUGGUACUACUUAAAUUACACGAGGAAAUCACAUGUUUUGGCCUUUUUUUUGGUUUUUAUGUAAUUAGGUUUAUUAAAACGUUAAUUCUAAUUGUAUUAGGAACUUGGAGAAACAUCUUCAAGGCCAGCAAUAUGUAAG